GUGGCUUAUUCUUUCUAGUAGUAGUUGAAAAACAACCCAAACCCUCUCUUCUCUUCUUCAAAAACGCACCCUAUUCCCCCCUAUUUGCAUCGCAUUUGUUCUUGAAUCUCUUUCGGUAUUCUCAGAGAAAGAGAAAGUUGUGAGAGAAUGUUCCAACCCAAGAAGCCCUCAACUAUGAAUUCCCAUGAUAGAUCCAUGUGUGUUCAAGGCGACUCUGGUCUUGUGCUCACCACAGACCCCAAGCCUCGCCUGCGUUGGACCGUCGAGCUUCAUGAACGCUUUGUCGAUGCUGUUACUCAGCUUGGAGGACCUGACAAGGCCACACCAAAAACAAUCAUGAGAGUUAUGGGUGUGAAGGGUCUUACACUUUACCACCUCAAGAGCCAUCUCCAGAAAUUCAGGCUUGGAAAGCAACCUCACAAGGAAUUCAAUGAUCACUCUAUAAAAGAAGAUCUUCAAAGAAAUGCUGCAUCUUCCUCUGGCAUGAUGGCUCGUAGCAUGAACGAGAUGCAAAUGGAAGUGCAGAGAAGACUUCAUGAGCAAUUGGAGGUGCAAAGACACCUUCAAUUGAGGAUUGAGGCUCAAGGCAAGUAUAUGCAGUCCAUUUUGGAAAAGGCUUGUCAAACCCUAGCUGGCGAAAACUUGGCUGCAGGAGGCUAUAAGGGUAUAGGAAAUCAAGACAUGGGAGCUAUGAAAGAUUUCGGUCCUCUCAACUUCCCACCAUUCCAAGACCUCAAUAUUUAUGGAGGUGAUCAACUUGAUCUUCAACACAACAUGGACAGACCGUCACUUGAUGGUUUCAUGCCCAAUAAUGAUAACAUUUGCCUUGGAAAGAAGAGGCCUAGCCCUUAUGGUGGUAGCGGGAAGAGUCCUUUGAUGUGGUCUGAUGAGCUCCGUCUGCAGGACUUGGGAACAGCUCCAUCAUGUCUAGGACCUCAAGAUGAUCCUUUCAAAACUGACAUUGCACCGCCUUCUAUUGAUAUAAAUACUGAUUUGGAUUCUAUAUCAGAGAUUUACGAAGCAAAGCCGGUGCUAUCCAGCGAUGGCAUGGGUGAAAAGAAGUUUGAAGCAUCGCCUAAGCUGGAAAGGCCACCGUCAAGAAGAGCAGCAGUUCAGACAGAGAGGAUGAACCCUAUGAUAAAUAGUGGUAGUGUGGCGCAAGGGAGAAAUUCACCAUUUGGAUGAUCAGUUGCUAACAGUUGACUUAUUAGAUCGUAAGUGACUUAAGAUCUUAUGAAUUAUGCUCUGAUAUUUUCAUUAGGGUUUUAGAAAAUUAUAAUUACUAUAGGGUUUUGUCUUAGAUAUAUGAUAAUGCAUGCCAUGCAUAUAUAUAUAUAUAUAUAUGUAUGCAGUGCAAUCUUUAUUAGUUAAACUUAAUUGUUAUGAGUUUAGUACAUCAAUUUGUACUUCCCCAUGAUCCUUAAUAUUAUAUGGCAUUGAUAA